AUGAGCGACGACAUCUUGGACAACAUGUCUCUAUCAGAUGACGAGAUGCUGGACAACUUGGCGGAUGAUAUGCUUAUGGAAAUGGAAGAGGAGAAUGCAUCUCAGUCAGCAAUAUUGUCCCAGUCUACAAUCCCACCUUCUUGGACUCCUAGCGCUGUUGCGCAUACAGUAGCACCCCCGGCUGUUAUGCCCGAUCUGAGUCAAAUGAUGUCUCAGAUGAUGCCGAUGAUGUCACAAAUGUUCGGUAGUAAUAACGGUACUCCACCGAUAUUUGGAAAUGGCUCGAAGUCUUUGCAGCAAGCACCAGUCUCGUGGAAGGAACUCGUGAUGCUCCAUGUGCCUAGCAAAGAACAGGAAGACUGGCUGACAACUAUCGAGAAAGACGCAACAAAGUUACGUCUUGCCAGUAUGACCCCAAUUUUGAACAAGCCACACAGUCGCUCCUAUCGCACGAACCCUGUAGUGCUUCCAGGCGCGUACAUGAAAGUAAAUACAAUGCUCGCCACUAUGUUGGACGAAGCUGUGCGUUCUGCUCACUUGGAACAGAAUUGCCAAUGGCAAGCUAUGCGACAGAAUUUAAUUUCACAACUUAUGCAGACUGGAAUAUCUAAGGUUUUUGAAAAGAAAUUUAAGAUGAUGCUGCGCCAGCGGGUUGCUGAUGACCCAAAUUUCCUAGACGAGAAGAACAGGGACCGUUAUCACUACGUAAUCAAGGUCCUUUCCGUGUAG